CGGUAAAAGGGGCAGGAUCAAGCUCACAUGUGCUGUGGGACAUAAUUGACAUGGCCGCGGAAUCUCCCCCUGAGUGAGCGCUGGUGGAGCAGACUGGAGCAGGGAUAGCAAAGUUGUGUCUGGGGUGAAAGUGGAGCUGUGGAGUUUCUUUCAAGAUCAUUUUAUUGCAGCGAGAAAGGCAGUCCAGGAAAGUUCUCCAUGAAUGUACGUCACAAUGAUGAUGACAGACCAGAUUCCGCUGGACCUGCCGCCACCACUAUUGAAUGGGGAGGUGGCCAUGAUGCCGCACAUGAUUAAUGUUAAUGGGGAUGGAUCGCAACAGGUGAUCCUCGUGCAAGUCAACCCUGGAGAGACCUUCACCAUCAGAGCAGAGGAUGGAUCCCUGCAAUGCAUUCAAGGGCCCGCGGAGGUUCCGAUGAUGUCACCCAAUGGAUCCAUCCCACCCAUCCACGUGCCUCCCGGCUACAUCUCACAGGUGUUGGAGGACAACACAGGGGUCCGGAGAGUGGUGGUCACCCCUCAGUCUCCAGAAUGUUAUCCUCCCAGUUAUUCCCCAGCCAUCUCUCCAACUCAUCACUUAUCUCCAUACAUGGCCCCACCACCCUUUAUUCCCAACUCGCACACGGCCUUCUACCCACCCGUCAGCCCUGGGGACAUUCCCCCCCACCAGUACUACCAGCAUCAUAUCCCACCCAUGUACAGUGAAGAGAUAAUUCCUGUGUAUGGGAUGAACUACAUUGGGCGAGAUGAGCAGUACAAACCACCACCAAAGAAGAUGAAGGACAGACUGGAGCGUCAGAAUCGUCUCAACAGCCCUCCCUCCAUCUAUAAGAGCAACAUGGGCUGCAACAACAUGUACAAUGGCUAUGGCAAGGUCCACGGAAAUCUUGGAGGUGUCGGAGGAGGAGGAAGCAGUCCUGGAGCUAAAAAAAACACCCGUGGAGCUCGGAGUAGCCCCAGGUCCAGUGAGCCAGACUUACAAGAUCAUGAUUCAGAAGCAAAGAGAGUUCAGGAUGUUCUCUCAGGAAUGGAAAAACCACAGGUUUUUAAUAUCCAAGCCCGGACAGCGCGACUGACCUGGGCUCCACCAGUAGGCCUUCAGAACAGAGACAGGCACAGUAACGGACACCCCUUAACCUGCAGCUACGAGGUCACUCUCUCAGACAAGGGUCGUAACGGCCAGUACCACGUCAUCUAUAGUGGAGAGGAGUUGGAAUGCAAUUUAAAAGAUCUCAGACCAGCAACAGACUACCAUGUAAGAGUGAACACUGUGUGCAAUUCUGUGAAGGGUUCGUGCUCUGAGGUGGGGGCUUUCACCACCCACAGCAGUACCCCAGACUGCCCGCUGCCCACUAAACUGUCCCACCGCACAAAGAGCACGCUCACCCUGCAGUGGAAGGCACCAGUCGAUAAUGGAUCAAAAAUCACCAGUUACCUUUUAGAGUGGGAUGAGGGCAAAAAGAACAACAUUUUCAGAGAAUGUUACUUCGGAAGCCAAAGGCACUACAAACUCACUCAUCUGUGUCCAGCCAUGGCCUACACGUUUCGAGUGGCGGCACGCAACGACAUAGGAAUGAGUGGCUUUAGUCCUGAGGUGGUCUUCUACACGACUGGAAGUCUGCCCCACCUGCCCCAUGCUCCUCGGCUGGUGCGUGCCGGCAUCACAUGGAUCACGCUGGAGUGGAGCCGCCCAGAUGGCUGCACCGCAGAGGAACCCGUCACAUACACGCUGGAGAUCCAGGAGGAGAACGUUGGAACAGAGUUUCACCCAAAGUACACUGGAGAAAACUUGACAUGUACUGUAGAGGGGCUGAAAAGAAGCACACAGUAUAAAUUCAGGCUCAUAGCCUCGAACCUGGAGGGCAGGAGCAGUCCCAGUGAGGUGCUGGUGUGUAACACCAGUCCAGACAAACCUGGACCCCCCUCCAGACCCUGCAUCAAGGGCCCUAUCAGACCCUACAGCUUCAGUGUCAAAUGGGAUCCUCCACAAGACAACGGAGGUUCAGAAAUCUUGAAAUACCUCUUAGAGAUGUCAGAAGGAAAUUCUGAUGCCAAUCAGUGGGACAUUACCUACAGUGGGCCUGCCACAGAGUGUGAGUGUGAGGACUUGAAACCUGGCACAUUGUACAGACUGCGCACCUGCAGCAUCAGCACAGGCGGCCACAGCCAGUGCUCUGAGAGUCUGCCUGUGCGUACGCUAUCUGUUGCUCCAGGACGUUGCCAGCCUCCCAGAAUUGUGGGUAAAGCGAAACACAAAGAAGUGCACUUACAAUGGGACUGUCCCUCCUCUGAGGGGGCAUGUGAGGUGAGUGAGUACAGUUUGGAAAUGAGGGAGGGAGAGUCUGAGCCUGCCGAGGUCUAUCACGGCUCUGAUCUGGAGUGCACUGUGGGCAGUCUGCUCCCUGGCGCCACCCAUAGCUUCCGCCUGCGUGCUGCCAACGAGGCAGGGUAUGGGCAAUACUCUGAACCAACAGAAAUAACAACCGCAGCUGGUCCUCCGAGCCAGUGUGCGGCGCCAUCCCUCACCCUAAUGUCCAAUACCUGUGUGCUGGUCAGCUGGGAGAGUCCAGAGAGCUCAGGGGCCGACAUCUCUGAGUACCGUCUGGAGUGGGGCCGAGAGGAAGAGCCCAUGGAGCUGAUCUACUGUGGCCCUGACACGCAGUGUGAGAUCUCAGACCUGACACCUGCUACUCAUUACUACUGCAGACUACAGGCGGCGAAUCAGGCAGGUGCAGGACCGUACAGUGAUCAUGUGAGCUGUCAGACCCCCGCCACCAUGCCCGACCCCAUCUCAGUGUUGUGUGUACUUGAGCACGACCCUACAGAAAGUGGCGUCUACACACCUUCCACUUGCCUGGCUUUGAAAUGGGAUGAGCCCUGCAACAAUGGAGCGGAGAUCACAUCUUACACUCUUAAACUGGGAGAGCAGCUGAUCAGCCUGGGCACCAGCACCUGCUAUGUGCUACAGAACCUACAGCCUGACAGUGAAUACAGUUUGCAGAUUCAGGCAGUGAAUGAGAUUGGUGCCAGUCCCUUCUGCCCUCCCCUGCUGGCCCGCACAAGGCCACUGCCCCCUGUCCCGCCCCGACUGGAGUGCACUGCCGCUGGACCCCAGAGCCUCAAACUCAAGUGGGGAGACAGCAGCAAUGCCAAGAGCCUGCUUGGAGAAGAGAUGGUCUACAACUUGCAGAUGGAGGACAAGAACAGAAGGUUUGUCACAAUCUACAGAGGCCCAAGCCACACAUAUAAGGUACAGCGACUAAAUGAGUCGAGCAGCUACUGUCUCAGGAUUCAAGCUGUGAGCGAGGCAGGAGAGGGCCUUUUCUCUGAAGUACACACCUUCCAUACGACCAAGUCUAUUCCUCCAGCUCUCAAGGCUCCCAAAGUGGUACAGAUGGAAGGGAAUGUGUGUGAGGUGAGCUGGGAGAGCAUUCCACCAAUGAGAGGAGACCCCAUCAUCUACAUCCUACAGGUGCUGGUGGGCCGGGAGUCUGAUUACAAACAGUUAUAUAAGGGAGAAGACGCAAGCUUCCAGAUAUCUGGCCUGCAGAACAACACAGACUAUCGCUUCCGCGUGUACGUGUGUCGGCGGUGUCAGGACAGCACACAGGAGCUGUGCGGCCCGCUCAGCCCGUCCUCGCUCUUCACCCUGCGGCGCACGGAGCUCACCCUCCCCGGAGAGCUCAACUCCCCCGAGACCCUGAAGCCCAGCGGCAUGUUCGCCACAGACGAACGCUUCGCGGCGGUCUUAGUCGGGGCUUUCGCGGCCCUGUCUUUCCUCAUUGCUUUUGUGGUGGAAUACUUCUUCAUGAAGUGAAAAUACCGAAAUGAACGCAGAACCAGCAGCCAGCCAAGGAAAAAAAAAACGUUUUGAGAAACACACGAACACUUAAAGUAUACAUCCGACGCGACGUACUGUAGGCUGAGUAUGUUAUACAGGCUCUCUUCUUGUCUUUCCUUCUCUUUUCUCUCUCUCUCGCCCUCCUGAUGCCUUCCAGCCUGCCUGUGCAUCGCUGUGUCACUCACUCUUUUACAGCGUGUGAAUUUCGCUCUGAACUCUUCGGGGAAGCGAAACCACGUCAUCAAGCCUUACGAAGAGUUGCGCGACAGCCUGUUUUUGCAUGCUUCGUUUUUUUGUAUCCCUUUAAGUGUACGUAUAUGUUGGGAGGAAAAUGUAUCGGUAUUUUCUCCGCAUUCAUGGCCUUACUUUGUUUUAUCCGAGUGUGCAUUUGUUUCACAGAUAUAUAUAUACACACAAGUUACAUAGCUUAAUCAUGACGUAACACCCACAGUUCACCCAGUGCCGUUUUUUGAUACAUAAUCACGUGAUGUUCACAUUUUGCUUGUACCUCACAGUACGCAUCACCACGAUCCUUCUCAGAAACACGAAAUACUGUUACCGUAGUAAGGCCGUUGUAAAGCCCCCUGCAUUUAAGCUGCCAAAGCAAGUUGCAAUCCAAGUGUGGUUUAAGUGAUGCUGCUAUUGUGUUUAUUUUUCCUACGAACGGAAUCAGUUAUCUAAUAUAUAGAGAUACAAAUAUAAAUCUAUAAGAGCUAUUGUAAUAUAAGUAACAAUGAGUUUGAAGUAGAUCUCUCUGUUCACAAUCUAUGGUGCUUUAUCUGUGGUCAGUAGUGGUGGCGGACGAGGGUGAGGGAAGUUAAACGCCGCCCUUUGCCACCACACACCCUCUUUCUCUGGCCAUCUAGUCCUAAGGUGCAGUGACACAGGGCUAUUUCCUCGCCUUCCCGCCCCCUCCCCGGAUGACUUUGGUUAGGCUAACGUGGCCCUCUCAGACUGACUUUGGGCUCUGUGUGGUGUCUGUAGAUCCAGGGAGUCACAAUAGCCAGUGUGUAGCUGUGAAAGCGAAAUGGCCUGUUUCGUUGCUCUGUGAAUGGCGUUGGUCCUCAGGACUUCGCCCGUCGUGUUCCCGUCGCCCGUCGUUGAAUGUUUCAUCUUCUCUGAAUCCGUGAAAGCCAGUUGGACAUUUCUAAGGUGCUUCAUAUCAAGGUUAUUGUCAAAAGCAGCAGUGAGUUCCUCCACCCGCUGCGCCAUGCCAAAACAGCCUGAUGUGCUUGCGGUGCAUCUUUAGCCAAGGAAAAAGGUACAAACCAGCAGUUCCCGUCGAUCCAAAGAGUCCUAACUUGCAGAACAGUUAGGAGGUUUCUAAAAAGUAGAACUACAUGGAGAAGGGCUUCUUCUGCUUGACUGACAGCCUGUAUUGUACCUCAGGGACAUGGACUUUUUAGAGGUGAAGAAGUAAAUACUAUGUUUCUGAGAGGGUGCUGCGAAAACACUAAACGUUGCCGAAUGAUUCUGAUAUUGCUGCCAUCUCUAGCGUCAUUCCGUUGUAUCUGCAUCUGCAGUUUUAAAUGCAUUUAUCUGAUCUGUUUUCUCACCUAAGCUGUGCCUUGCUCCAGUUGUUCGUAAGCAAAUCGUUUACUAGCUCAGAAUACCUUUGCCAAAGUUAAUGGGAAAGUAAGGUAUCAUUCUUUAGGGUUAUUUAUACUGUCUAUUGCAUACAGUACUUUAAAUGGCAAUUAAAGUGCAAUCUUCAUUUAUUUAUUUUUCAAGAAAUUAAGAGAUGUAGUUAUGUCCUAUUCUCUCUCUCUCUCU